CAUCUGAAAAAAACAAAUUCCCAUACCACAACGCUGUCGUUUCGUUCCUGCCAAUGGCAUAAACGGUAACCAACUAACCAUUUGAAAAUGGAUGAAAGUGGUCUUAAUCAAAGUUCAAAAAAACAUAAGCUAAAUGAAGAACAAGGCAUUGUUGAUGGGAACACCAAAUGUUUAGAGAAUUUACCUGAAGAGAUUCUUCGAUACAUCAUUUCCUUACUUCCAACAAAUGAUGCUGUUAGAACAAGCAUACUUUGUAAGAGGUGGGAAUACCUGUGGACUUCCAUUCCAAAUCUUGGUUUUAAAAAAGGAUCAAAGGCUAAGAGAAAGCUUUUCAUGAAUUUUGUGGAGAGAGUGCUUCUUCUUCAUGACUCCUCUGAUAUCAAACAAUUCACCCUCUAUUGUGAUGUGCUACAUGAUGGCGAUGCAUCUCGUAUAAAAGCAUGGAUCUCUUCUGCAAUAAGGCAUAAUGUUCAAGAGUUGGUUUUCGACCUCAACAUAUCUGAAGAACAAUUUUCAUUGCCUCGUUGCUUGUUUACUUGUGUGACACUGACAAAGUUACAAUUUGAUAUGCCCUGUGUACUCAAAAUUCCUCCUACAAUUUAUUUCACAAAUCUCAAGAUCUUGACUGUUGGAAAUGUUACAUUUUCGGAUGACUACACAACCCAGAAGCUAUUUUCUGGACUGCCAGUCCUUGAGGAAAUGUUUUUAGAGUACUGUAUCUGGGUGAAUCUCACAGCUGUGAGUAUUUCUUCUCCCAAGCUUCAUCGCCUGCGCAUAAUUGAUGAUGAGGAUGGU